UCCAAUGUGAUGAUUACUCAACGUUUCUUUUCCUCGGAGUCAGUCAUUACCGCCACGUAAAGGUCCACGUUCGCUUUUGCAUACAGAUUUGUACUUGUCUGACAAUUUUAACCUCCCAGUUGAAGUCUAACGGACACCUUUACCAUGCUCUGCUCUAGGAGUGUCUCCGAGUUAACCGCUUCUUUUAUCACUAAACAAAUAAUCACUCUUCCAGUUUCCGUGUAUCACAGCUUUGAUUAUCGGAAAGAUGAGUCAGUUGCUGGUGAGGUCGGUUAUGAGGCGGUUAGUUUCUGGCGGUACCUGUAACCGUUGCAUAUCGUCUGUGUCUGCGGCGGCGGCGGUAGUGUUCAGAGAAGUUCAUAAGCCGAGUAGUGAGUCAGUUGUGAUGAUGAGUAGCCAGAGGCUGAGAUUCUCUGGUCAGUGGUGGAGGAUGAUGUGCUUCACUAGUGAACCACCAUCGAAGAAUUCAACGACGUCCUCUGCGGUGAGGAAGGAGGACGAGAAAUUGAGUGGUGAUUCUGUGGAGAAAAUGGAAGGGGAAGACAAAGUAGCUCUUUCCAGCUAUUGGGGAGUCUCCAGGCCAAAAAUUACGAAAGAAGAUGGCUCCGUGUGGCCUUGGAACUGCUUCAUGCCAUGGGAGACAUAUCAGGCUGACUUGUCGAUCGAUCUAAGCAAGCACCAUGUGCCCAAGACAUUCCUUGAUAAGGUUGCUUAUUGGACGGUGAAACUUCUCAGGAUUCCAACUGAUUUAUUUUUUAAGAAAAAAUAUGGUUGUCGUGCAAUGAUGUUGGAAACAGUGGCAGGUGUACCUGGAAUGGUGGGAGGUAUGCUGUUACAUCUGAGGUCAUUGCGCAAGUUCGAGCAAAGUGGUGGUUGGAUAAAAGCAUUACUUGAAGAAGCUGAGAAUGAGAGAAUGCAUCUGAUGACUAUGGUGGAGCUAGUACAACCUAAAUGGUACGAGAGGUUGUUAGUUAUUGCUGUGCAGGGAGUCUUUUUCAAUUUUUACUUUGUGCUUUACUUGCUGUCCCCCAAGCUUGCACACAGAGUUGUCGGUUAUCUGGAAGAGGAGGCUAUACACUCUUAUACGUUGUAUCUUAAUGAUAUUGAUCGUGGUGAAAUUGAAAAUGUUCCUGCUCCUGCAAUAGCAAUUGACUACUGGAGGCUGCCUAAGGAUGCAACUCUAAAGGAUGUUAUUACUGUCAUCCGUGCUGAUGAAGCUCAUCAUAGAGAUGUUAACCAUUUCGCAUCUGAUAUCCAUUAUCAAGGAAAGAAAUUGCAGGAGGCAGCUGCUCCUAUUGGUUACCAUUAAAUCUUCAUAUUGGUCUGCUUUGCAUAGUUUUAUAUAUAUAUAUAUAUAUAUUGUAGACCAUGGUCCAAUCAAAACAAGUAGGGUCUCAGUGGGGCAUUUCUAAUUAGUCAUGAAAUCCCCAAAUAGUAGCAUAAGUAUGGAUUAAACUACUGUUCUAUCCUCUGCAUAGUUGUAUUUAUGAUAAAUGCUUUUGCUCUUCAAAUUUUGUAAUCUUAAUAGGAAUGCAAAUGAUUCCUAAUCCAAAAAAAAUUAUUUAUUGGAUUUCUUUUAUGACACGCAUGCUGGGAAACCUAUAUCUCCAGAAAUUCACAGAGAAAUGGAAGGAUCUCCAAAAUUCUACGAAUGGCACGUUAAGUUCUUCUAAAGCAGAAAGGCAAUUAAAUCA